UGCGAACAUGAAACAACCCCACUUUUCCCAAAAAAGCCCAAAAAUAUGAGACCAGCGUUUCGAAACGCUUACUUCAACCUGAGUCGCUCCUUAAACCCCAACCCCACCAAGCUCACUUUACCACCCUUCUCACUCAACGCAUUCCCAACUUUCUCCACUUCUCUACCACCGACGUUUCGUACCUUUCGCUUAACAACCGAAACGUUUCGUCCAACUCGCACCUGCUGCUCCUACUCUCCGAUGGCGGACGGUGAAGCCCACGCGCCGCGCACCUCGUUUCCUUCGCUGGAGAAGCAGUUCGAGGUCUUCCGCGUCCAGCUAGAGGACUCCGGAAGCUUGCGCGAGCGCAUUCGAGCUGUGGUGAUGGAGAUCGAGUCCACUACAAGGCUCAUCCACGCCAAUCUCCUCCUUCUCCACCAGUCUCGCCCAACUCCUGAGCUUUUAGAGAAAGCGAAGGCUCAGGUUGGUGUGCUGAAGGAGCUGUACAAUCGGCUUGCUGUGGUUCUGAGUGAAUGCCCUGGGCAGUACUACAGGUAUCAUGGUGAUUGGAGGAGUGAGACACAGACAGUGGUUUCUUUGCUUGCUUUCAUGCACUGGUUGGAAACAGGAACUCUUCUUAUGCACUCUGAAGCCGAGGAAAUGCUUGGGUUGAACAAUUCAGAGUUUGGUCUGGACAUUGAAGAUUAUCUUGUUGGUAUUUGUUUCAUGUCCAAUGAAUUGCCAAGGUAUGUGGUGAACCAAGUGACAGCUGGAGACUAUGAUUGCCCAAGAAAGGUGUUGAAAUUCUUAACGGAUCUGCAUGCAGCCUUCCGUAUGCUUAAUCUCCGAAAUGAUUUUUUGCGCAAGAAGUUUGAUGGUAUGAAGUAUGACCUAAGAAGAGUUGAAGAAGUUUACUAUGACGUUAAAAUUCGAGGUUUGGCCGCCACCGGUGAUGCAAUUGGAGAACAAGGAAUUGAAGGACAAUCUUAAAUUACAAGAAGUUUUCUGAUUCUUAGUUAUCUCUGUACGUCUUGAUGAUAUGACAAGUCAGUAACUUCGCUUAUAUGAAAUAUUUAAGAUGGCUCAAAGGGUUUUUGUGGUGCAAAAUCAAAAUCAAUUCCUUUGAAAAUGCCUGGUCUAUCAAAGUCAUCAGAUAAUUGGGUGAGAUAUAUAGGUGAUAAGUCAGUAAUUUUGCUGUUUGAAAGAUUUAGAUAGCUCAAAGAGGCUUUUGUGUCGCAAAGUCUAAAUUAAAUUCCCUUGAUGAUA